AGCGUAGGUGUCUCGUAGUCCUGGUCUUGCCGGUUUCGAGGACCAGCUAGCGAUACAAAUCCCCACGCCGUCUCAAAGCUAUCAUCACCAUCGUCUCCCCCCGGGAAAUUCUCUGUUCCUCAAUCCCAGCUAGAAAAAAAUCGAGUCUUUCGACGCCAAACCCUUAGCUCCAGUUGAAGGAGCUGCGAGAUUGAAGGUCCAUCCGGAAGCGAUUCAUCCUGCUUGCCGAGAUCAUGUGUAGCAGAAAAAGAGAGGAAGAUUGCCUAUAUCAUGCGUUAAUCUCAAAAAGAGAGGGGAAUAUUGCCAUUGCCAUGCCAUCCUCUGCUUGCAACCAGAGGAAGAAGGCCGCAUUUUCCGGUGGUGGUUCGCUCCCGGAUGAGAUAAUCAUGGAGGUGCUACUGCGGCUCCCUGUCAAAUCCAUACUCCGCUUCCGGGCCGUCUGCCGCUCCUGGGCUGUGUUCUUCUCCACUGAGCAGUUCUGCAAUCUCCACAUGGCGACCCCCAAGAUAGCACCGCUGAAGCUACUGUUUGUCUCACCCACAUCAAGACCCGGCUCCACGGAGGUGUUCUCAUGCUCCCCGUCAGGCCCCAAAGAUGACCUGCUGUUCACCCUUGACUCUGCCUGCGGCAACUCGAUGCAGGUUGUCAUGCCAGCGCCGUGCCAUGGCCUCACCCUUCUGUUUGAUGCUGUUGCGCCAGCUUACUACAUCUGCAAUGCAGCCACACGAGCAGUAACACGUCUGCCACCUUUCCGUCACUCGGUCAGGUGUACAUCUACCGGGCUGGGAUUUGAUGCCUGGACAAGAAAGUACAAAGUGGUCAGACUGAUCAAAGGGUCACGCCAUGACAAUGAGUCCGUAAGGUGUGAGGUAUACACACAUGGAAGUGGUUAUGGGGAUUGCUGGAGGCCGCCUACUGGAGGAAUACCCUUUGGAUUGUGCAGGUUUGCAGGUGCUGCUGUUAAUAAUGCGGCAUUCUUCAGUCUACCACCUGUGUUUGCAAACGGACACCUGCACUGGUUGGUCCAGCCUUCUUUGUUCUCCAAAAAGCCAAGAGCUGCUGUGAUAUCAUUUUCUCUUGCGGAGGAGACCUUCAGUUUUGUUGGGCCACCACCGUUCUGGACAUCAGAAAUGUACUCAUCCACACCAUUGUCUGCAUCAGGUCCAGAGUUUGUCCCCUUCUGCCCCGGGACAUUAGGAGAACACCUAGUGCAGAUAGAUAACCAACCGUGUAUGGUCCGAGACCUUCGAUAUAAUCGUAAUGGUGGUUGCAUUCUGGAGAUAUGGAAAUUGCCGGAUCGUAGCUCUUGUGCGUGGUCACUGAAUCAUCGCAUUUCUUUGUUAGGGCGUGUGGCAACAGAUUUACGUCAGCCCAAGGUUGUGAGAGUUAUUGGUUCUACAGGCACUAGCAUGUCAACAAAGAAGAUCCUCAUCGCUACUAGCAUGCACAAGAUCUGCGACAAGUUUCAGAAGAAGGUUUACACCUAUGACCUUAAUUCUGAAUCUUUAGAGACCAUUCUUUCAAUCACCGAGGCACAUGCAUCGCUUGAAGGCAUGAAUCCAAGUUCAAGAUUCAGUUUAUUUGAAGAGAGCCUUGCCCCGGUGCAUGAAACAGUUGAAGAGAUAAAAUUGUCAACUACUCUGCCUCCCAACCGAAACUAGAUGGUAUCCAUCGAGCUUGUACGAUGUCGAUUUUCAUGUUUUUUCCCUGGCAUCUAUUGACCCCUUUUGUAAGAGCAGUCGUUCCUUUUUGCUUUGAGAUGUUGAUUAUCAUUUAGCAUGCAGAAGUUAUUUCAUGUUUCCAUACCUUGUAGAGGACACACACACACAUUGAUCCUUCACUUAGCACUACUGAUUUAUCACUUAAUUAAGCAGUUAAAUUCAAGUGUACUAUUUCUGUUCCAUCAGUAGGAAAGAGAAACUAACUAAAAUCAGAAUAGUACUGUUCUCUUAUAAAAAAAAUCGAGACCGUAACUGGUUUCCAUUACUGGAAAUUCAGAGCAAAUGUUAUUAUUAGUUAGUCAGAGCAAAUGUUAUUAUUAGUUUGCAAACUCAAGUUUGGAGUAUAGGCUUACCUAAUGCAUCAGGUUAUCUGAUAACUGUAGCGUGUGUUUCUGCAUGUAUAAAGUGCUUGUUGCUUGGGUAAAAGCUUACGUGUAAACAAACUUAAGUAAGCCCACCAAGUGAUAAAUUUCUUCUAAUCAGUACAUUGUUUAAGUGGGUUCUAUUAGGUCCUAUCGGGUUAAUCUAUGGGUAGGCACAAGCUCUUGGUUCUUAUAUUUGUUGUUUCUUGUGAGCUUCUGAUCGUUUAAACA